CGUCUUAGUUACUGAAGAAAGAAGAAGAUAUGGUGCAGUUUGAGAUAGAAACAAUUGACUUGGCUGCAAAUAAUGAUGUGAUAUCAACGUCUAAUGCAAUUAGAAAUUGCCAGGAAAGGCAGAAUGAACUUCACCGUCAGUCGAUUGAGAAGUUGUACCAGGCUGAUAGGAUUUCAUUGUUAUCUGAAAUUGAGGAACUCAAAGCCUCAAUUAUUGGCAUAAAAGAUGGACUGACCAAUGAGAAUGAGCGACUCCAAGAGCAACUGAGGGCUAUACAAUUACAAGUGCAAAAACGCGAGAAUGAGCUUCUUCAACAUAUUUCCACUAAGGAUAAACAACUAAAAAAACAAAACGAACUCCUUCAUAAAACGCAAACUGACAACGACCACGCAAAGAAACAGUUGGAUGAUUUGAACAAUCUUCUUGAACGCGAAAGAACUAUUUCUAAAGAUCUUCAAGAACUGGUGAAUGAGAAUAAAAUGCAAUUUAAGAACUUGAAUUCUUUAUUGGAAAAAGAAAGAACCCGUAACACUGUUAUUCAAACGUGCUUGGAUAGUGAAAGAACACGAAGUUUGAAUCUUGAACAAGCAUUGAAACAUGAGCGCUUGAAUGUGGAAUCUAGAGAGCAUGAAUUGCAAAGAAAAACGCAGUUGUUGCAAGAUAUUACGAAUAAAGAACAAGACAGAACGAAGGAUUUCGAAAUUGAAAUACAAAAAGGUGAACAAUCUCUCAAAGAAUUACAGAUGAAACUACACGAAGAGGAAACAAAAUGCGAGAAAUUGGAAACAGAGUUGGCGAAAAAGAACAGUAUUUUAAUAUCCGAUAGAGACGAUUUGAAUGGACUCAUAACUGAGCUUCGCAAUGAACUGGAGAAGACAAAGAACGAAAAUGCAAAUCUUAUUACAUCGUUAGAUGAAGAAAGGAAAGUGUCUGAAGACUUAAAAAACGGAAUGGAAUCACUACACGGAGUGAAUGAACAAAUCAGCGAGCAGGAAAAGUUGAUAAAACAGUUGAGUAAUGCUCUGGAGAAUGAGAGAAAAGUAAACGAAAACCUUCAUUUUGCUCUGGAUAACAAUCAUGAAAAUAAUACUAAAUCUAAAGACCUUCAAAACAAUAUGGUUAAAGAACUUCAAAUGUCUUUGACUGCUGUUCAGGAACAAUUACAAAAUCAAGUUGAAGUUGUUGACCAAGAAAGAAAUCGCGUGAAACGCUUACGCAAAGAACGUGACAUCCAUGAAGCCAGUGCUUUGGGAGCUCGAACGAAAGAAAGGAGCCUGGAACUAGAAUUAGAAAAAGAAAAAGCUGCUCGUGAAAUGGAAGUCAACACCGUCAAGGACAUGCUUGAUAAUGAGAUAGCGUUAAAGAGAAAUUUGGAAGAACUAUUGAACUCGAGGACUGUUGAAUUGAGCCGUUUAAGCGAAGAGUUAAGAUAUUUAAAAGAAGAUCGCAAAGAAACACCUCCUGACAGCCCAUCGAAAGAACGUCUCAAUAUUUUACGACAUGAUCUGAAGUCCAUCGCCGAUGAGCAUCGCGUCUUUCUUCUUAUGCACAAGGAAUAUCUUGAAGAGCACAUAAAAUUUACUCAAAACUUGUCUAAAGUAAAUGGGCUGCAUUCUCAAAUCCAAAACCUAAUUCACGAGGUUGACGGAAUGAAACGGCAACUUGGUACUGUUUCUCAAGGUUCACCCAUUCGACUGUCACCAAUAAAAGCGGCAGCGUAUGACAGAUUGGUGAAACAAAAUCAAGAAAUGUCGGAGUACUUAGCCAAAGUGACCGAGGAGAAAAGUGAACUGAGAAAAAUGUUAUCUCAUUUGGAAGUGCAAGUUUCUGAUUAUAGAGAUCGUGAUGCAAGACAUGUUGAGAACCUGCAUAACAAUAAAGUUGAGAUUGAAUCAAUUCUGACAAACGAAAGGGCACGUGCAUCUGAAGAACGGCUUUUGUUACGUCAGACUGUGGAAACACAAAAACGAGACAUAGAGGAAAUACUUGUUAAACUUCGUGAAAAAGAAGUGGAAGCUGACGAGGUCAAGCGAUCGUUGAAACAUGUAGAGGAACAACUGGAAAGAAGUAGAUCUUCAUCACGUCGAUUACAAGCCUCGGAAACUUUGACUUCUCAAUGGACGCCAUCUAGGAUUCAGAAACUGUACGCGAGAUAUCUUCGAGCGGAAAAAUGGCGGAAAUCGUUGGUUUAUCAAAAGAAAUACCUUCUUUUAUUACUGGGAGGAUUUCGUGAUAAUGAAACGAAAACCUUAGCAACAAUUGCGAAAAUGGGAGCAUACCCUUCUUUUCAUGAGCCAAAAACACGUUUUUCACCAGCGUUCACAAAAUUCCGGACUGCAGUAAGGGUUGUGGUGGCGGCAAAACGAAUGAAAUUUUUAGUGUGUAAAUCAAAGAAAUCCGUUCAACUAGUAAUGGAGCCUGUCAGUCCUUCGCGAACUAUACCAAAAAAAUCAGAGUACAAUCAAGGAACGCCGUAUAUUGUGGAUUCAUCAAGAUUUGGCAUCAAUGGCUCACAUCGAGAAAACGGUUCAACGGAGACUGGCUUUUUAACUGAAAUUUGCAAUGGUAAUGUACAAGUUUUUUCGCCGAAGCAAACUGACCCGGGUACUACUCAACUUUGAAUCAUAGGCCGGUUGAUAUGGCCUCAAGUCGUGCUUUACCUUACACAGAUUUCACUGACAGAUUAGACACACGCUCUGUUCAAAGUUUUUCUCAUUCUCCUCCUGUUCGCGAAAGACCAAACAUUUCAAAAUCUUAUCAUGUAAGGAGUCAUGGCUCGCCAACCUCCAAUAAUUCAAGACAAGUAAGAAGUGCGCUAAACUUUGAUUCGGAUGAUCUUGAUCGAAAGAUACAAACUCUUGACAAUCUGCAGCAAAAGUUGUCUUUGAACCGAGGUUCCAAAACCGCGAAAGGUAACUUUUCUUGUUUUUGACCAUAUGGAUUUGCUCUGGAAAAACAUAAAGUUUUAUGAUUGUGUGUGUAAGUCGAUUUUUGCAAUUUAUUUCCUGUAUUAAUAUAUUUAUUGUCUGAACAUUGUAA